AUGUCUCGUAAUCUUGAGAACAUGACCAAAGCAGCAGUUGAUGCUCCAAAUUUAGAAAUAAGUUAUUUCGAAGAACACGCCGUUAAAUCACAGUCAAACAGAGCAAUUUGGAAAGAAUCACUCCUUGCUGCCCCAAAUAAUCCAAAGUUCUGCGAAGAAUAUGCAAGAUAUCUUAUUGAAGCGGAAUGCGACUUUCCAGAAGGAUUGAAGAUCAAAAAUAGACAGCAGUCAAUUGAAAUGGGAAAGAUAUACUCCGUUGACUUCUCUUUCCGUUCAAUGGUAGAAGCAUUUCCCAAAUAUCUAACAGAAAAGAUCCUAGAUUUGAAUGGAGGUGUUAGAAAGAAAGAGACAUCCUCAAAUGGAGCACCAACAAGCGGACGAUCAACUACCGGAUCUCAAGGUUCAAAUCAAAGUACAGGUACCGAUGAAACAACAGAGUUAGAGGCUGAAGUUGAAGAAUUCAUCGGAAAACGCACAAUAAAACAGGCCAGAGAAAGGCUUGCUCUUCAUAGAAUGAUGGAGAAUAAAUUAUCUUCUCCGAUCAAAACAAUUACACCCAUUUCCAUCUUCAUUAUCCUUUUCAUUGUUAUUAUAUUCUGCAUUGGCGUCACAACUGCUACAAUACAGUUGCAAACUUAUGUCAAUGAUAUGAAAUUACUGAGUUCAAUAGCAGAUACAAGGUUCUUUGUUUCUUUAUCGAAUUCUGGAAUGAUUGCAGAAUUCUUCCGUGAAGCUCAGCAAUUGCAGAAAUAUACAACUCCAAUGAAACAGUAUUUAAGGGAUUCUGAUAAGCCUUACCUUGAUCUGUACAACUUUAUGCUUCCUAGUUUAAUCAAUUUCACAACUAUAGCUUCUCAAGCAUAUGAAACAUUUAAUAAUCUUGCAACUGAACAAGCCUUGUCAGGUUUCAAUGUAUCACUAACAACAGAAGGGUUAUUAACAUAUGACACCAUCUUUACAACUUGUCCAUUGGGUGUUGAAACUCCAACAAGUUUAUCAAAUCUUGUUGGUGUUUACUUAGUUGACCAAAGAAUAAUCAGUGGUAAGCCCCAUGUAUUAGAUAUCCUAACAAAUAUGGAUUCCUAUGAGAUUUCCUUGAACUUUGUCAACUUUUUCAGCCAUAUGGAUACUGCAUUUGCAGAUAUCACAAAUGAACAAUAUGAUCUUGGAAAGACUGCUAACAAAUACUUCAGAAAUUUGUCCAUUAUCAUUCCUGUCAUCACAUUUGUUGGCGUUUUCAUUCCAUUUUUCAUCAAUCAUUACAGAGUUCAGAGAUCUCUCAAAGAAUUGAUAGAAAUCAUACAUUCUUUGGACUCUAAAUCCAAACAAGAGGCAAAGGAACUAAUUAUGGUCGGCCAAAAUGAAGAUGAGAUGAAAGUCACAGAAAUGCGUUCAAAAACUUAUUAUUCAACAUCCGUUCUUAUCUUUAUAUGCAUAAUUUCCAUUAUAUUCCUUGGCUUGACAUUCGCAGGUUCAAGAUUAGUUUUAAUGCAUUCUACUCAAUUAAUGAACUUGAAUUCAUGUAACAAAUAUGCCUCUCAAAGAUUAUGUUUAUCAGCUGAAGCAUUUAGUCUGCUCUUUACUUUAACUGUUGUCCAUACAUUUCCAAAUGUAAAUCAGUAUAGAAAUGUUUCGGUUUUAUCAGGAAUCACAAUGGUGAUGGCAAAAAUGAUUGUAGAUGCAGAUAACAAUCUUCUUAACGGAGAUAGCAAAACUCCACCUUGCCAAGGAUUUAACGAAGAAUUAGAUCAACUUAAUUUCAUUGAUGGAGCAUUACAAAACAAUGUAAAUGAUCCGAGUGAAUAUUAUGCAAAUGCUUCAAUUCAUACUCAAGUUGAAACAUUCUAUGCUUACUUGAGUGAAAUAACAAAAUAA